AUGUCCAAGCCCGCCCAAACAAUAAAUAUAAUCUAUUCUUCCAAAUCCCUCAAUCUGGUCGAUUGCCACACUCUCGAGCCCCUCUACAAGGUGAAAGUCGACCGUCAUGCUCCACAAGUCGAGAUGCGGCGUCUUCAAAACACUCAGUCAGCGACAGACGAUACCCUCUUAGAAAACAAUCUUCCAUGGGCAAACCGCGUUUGUACGGCGACAUUCAAACUCACGUCCCUUCAAGUGCGUCUGUCAAUCCACGAGCACGAGGAUGUUCCUUUCACGCGGGAUCAAAUCUUCUCCACAAAAUACACAUUUGCAUCUCCAUUUUUCGAGUCAGCAAUAUUGACCUGGAAAGCGGAUGGAGCAUUGUCGGGCAAUUAUAUGCUGACGGACGAUGCGAAGGGGACUGUUUUGGCGCGGUUCAGAAAUAGGUUGUUCAGUGUUACGGAAGUGGGCACGUUGGAGAUCACCGAGAAUUUCGAGGCAAAUUUUAAAGAUGAGAUAGUCAUAUCUGCAUUAGCUAUGUUGGCCAUGGUGCAGAGUUUGCAAUUGGGAGUGAUGGUUAUUGUGUAG